UGAUUGGCUGAGCAGCGCUACGUGUACAUCAGUCAGCUACAGGUAGCGCACAUGUGACAGUUGUCUGCGUGCGUGUGUGUAUCCGCUGCUCUCUGCUCUUUUCACUUUAUGCUUUGAAUGACGGCUGCACCCGGGCGAGUUUUCUGUGGUAAACACUCAGGAGAAGAAAAGUGAGUUUAAUAUCAAAGGCCUGUUGAAGCUGUGAGAUCUACACUGUCAGAGAGAGAGGGGUAAAGAAGGCAGCAGGAUGAAGUCCAAAGGGAAGGCUGUGAAACCAUCCAGGAGGACCUGGUCUGACCCUGAGCCAGAGCUGGAACCAGACACAGAACCAGAACCUGGCUCCAGUGAGCAGGAAGGCUCAGAGGCCUCGGUCCGGAUCGGUGGCUCCUGGAGGGGGUCGCUGAGGGCCGGGGAUGGCAAGCGUCAAGGAGGAGUGGGUGGAGGCCGACGGCGCAGGCAACGUGGCUCCAGCAACAAGGAACGCAGCAUCCGGCGACUAGAGAGCAACGAGCGGGAACGCCAGCGCAUGCACAAACUCAACAAUGCCUUCCAAGCACUGCGCGAGGCCAUCCCCCACAUCAACACUGACAAGAAGCUGUCCAAGAUUGAGACACUGACCCUUGCAAAGAAUUACAUCAAGUCCUUAACCACCAUCAUCCUGGACAUGUCAGGGGCUUGCCUGCCUGCUGGUGGGGUCCCCUCAGAGGCCAGCGCUGCCAAGCUGCUUCAGUGCUACCAACAGCACCUGGAGGAGGAGGGGGAGGACGAUCUCACACAGUACCUCACCCACGUGCACAGCCUCAGCCAGCGCAGCUAACCGUGGCUGCACGGUGGAUUGGAGACCAGGAGAGCCACCAGGAGGCUGUGUCCAAGGCAGAGGGGGGUGUAGACUUUUUAGGGCUAAAUCUCAAAUGAUAUCCAGUUCUUACAGGCGCACUACUCUGGGAUCUGUGUCAGAAGGACCGGAUCCAGCUUAUAGUCCUCUGACAGUAAACCCAUUCUUGACCAUAGCAAGAGCUGGGCUCUCUAGAACUUGCCCUUCAUGCAAAAUAUGGAGUGAUUUGAGGACCAUUCACUUAGCAGACAGAAAGACUGCAGACUGGAAAGUGACAACCAGAUGGAUCAUGGUCAUGAAGAGUAAAAAGACUAAUUUGUUAUUGUGCUCAGAAAGGAAGGGCUAAUCUUUCACCAUUAUGUCUCUUAUUUCUCAUCUUCUACAGUUUGAGCCGGAGCAGGAACUUCUGUGUUAUCUUGUGAUCAUCUUCUGUUUUCUGUUGAGAAACCUGCUGAGCGUAGCCGCUAGUCAUAACUGUCACACCCAGAGACUAAAGGCAAGCUGCAGGGCUAAAUGUUGAAAUGUCGAAGCUAUAAAGUGUGUUUGCUUAUUUGCUCACAAGGACAAUCUACUACCAAUUUGAGAGCACAAUUCACGUUUCUUCAUACAGGUUGUGCAUCCAUAGCUGGAAGGCCCAGAUGAAGUUUAAAAGUGUCUGUUAUUUGACUUUUUGUGUCUCCAGGCAGGACAAAAAAAACAGGAGAAGAUAAACUAUUUGAGGAGUUAUUAUCAAUAAACAUUUAUUUAUUGACAA